AUGGCAUUAUAAUAAUUAUAAAGGUAUGAAGCUGAUGAAAAUUUGUCUAAAUUUCUCAAUAAAGAAUUAGGAAGAUCACUAAAGUUCCAAAAAAAGCAUGAGAAGGAACUCAAUAAUUUGUUGACUUACCAAUAAAAACUGUAGGACGAGAAACUAAAGAAUGAAAAUAAGUUGCACUAGAUGUUCUACAAGGAGAAAUUGAUCGAUCAUUAAAAAAAACAGAAGGAAGAUUUUUUGAAAGAGCAAAAGGUUAAUAAGGAUCACUAAUUUUUGUAUAAGCAAAAAGAAAAUGAAUACAUCGAUGCUUUAGAUGCAAGCUGGUGCUUUUAUUAAGAUUAUUCUCCUUCGAAUGAUAUGAAACCAUUAAAAGUAGAUGCUGAAAGAGAAAAGGUUUUAAGAUUCUUAUUCAAACAACUCCAAACUACUACUGAUAAUGUUGAAAGGGCACUUAUAAAAAAGAAGAUCAAUAAAUUUAGAGAUUCGGAAAUAUCUAAAAAGAAAUUAAAUCAGAUUGAUCAUAAAUUGGAAUAUGCAAAGCAAGUAAGAAGUGAGUCACUUGAUAAAUCUAUAGAUAAGAUCAGAAUGCAUGAUAUCCAUAUAAUAGAUGUCUAAGAAAAAAGUAAUCUCUUAAAUCAAGAGAAACAAUCUUAUUAUAUUGACAAAAUCUAUUAAAUUGAAUAGAAAAUAUAGAUGAUAGAAAAACAACAGAAGCAUAAUAAGCUUAACAGAUUAAAUAUGGAAUAAUAAAAAGAAGAGUAUCGGUAAGCAGUGAAAUCCAAUUCGUAAAAUUUGUUGCUUUAAAAAGAAUUAAUCAAUGAGAAUCAAUUCAGUCAAAAAAUUUAUAAAUUAAACUAUCUUGCAGAUCAGAAAUAAAGAUUAUUGAAACAAAGAUAAGAAAUAUUGGAUGCAUUAAAUUAAAAAAGAAUUAUCGCUCGACAAUCUUUGGAUGAUGUUAAAUAUCCUUAGUUAAACUCGAAUAAUUACAAAGCAAUAUACUUUUGA